CCUCUAGCUCCCGCCUCCCUCCCCAGCAGCUCCUCCCCAUAAACUCCCCUCCUCAUCAGCUCCUCCCAGAUCUCCCCUCUCCCCGCUUUCUCGCUCCAGCUCCUCCCCGCCUCCUCGCUCCCCUCCCCCUCCGCCGCUGCUCCCUGCCCCCGCCGCUGCCGACCUCCAUCUCCGCAGUCUGGGCCGCUGGGUGCAGAGGCUGCUGCAGACCCAGCGGCCACCACCGCCUCCCUCAAUCCCAAUAUCCAUUGUCUCCCACCCCACCUGGCCCUCCACUUCCCCCACAACCAUGGCGCACGAAUCCGGGAGGAGCUCUCGUCUCGGGGUGCCCUGCGGGGAGCCGGCAGAGCUCGGAGGUGAUGCUAGCGAGGAGGAUCACCCCCAAGUCUGUGCCAAGUGCUGCGCACAAUUCACUGACCCAAGUGAAUUCCUCGCCCACCAGAACGCAUGUUCUACUGACCCUCCUGUAAUGGUGAUAAUUGGGGGACAGGAGAACCCCAACAACUCUUCGGCCUCCUCUGAACCCCGGCCUGAGGGUCACAAUAAUCCUCAGGUCAUGGACACAGAGCAUAGCAACCCCCCAGAUUCUGGGUCCUCCGUGCCCAUGGAUCCCACCUGGGGCCCGGAGAGGAGAGGAGAGGAGUCUUCAGGGCAUUUCCUGGUCGCUGCCACAGGUACAGCGGCUGGGGGAGGCGGGGGCCUGAUCUUGGCCAGUCCCAAGCUGGGAGCAACCCCAUUACCUCCAGAAUCGACCCCUGCACCCCCUCCUCCCCCACCACCCCCUCCGCCCCCAGGUGUAGGCAGUGGCCACUUGAAUAUCCCCCUGAUCUUGGAAGAGCUACGGGUGCUGCAGCAGCGGCAGAUCCAUCAGAUGCAGAUGACUGAGCAAAUCUGCAGGCAGGUGCUGUUGCUUGGCUCCUUAGGCCAGACGGUGGGUGCCCCUGCCAGUCCCUCAGAGCUACCUGGGACAGGGACUGCCUCUUCCACCAAGCCCCUACUACCCCUCUUCAGCCCCAUCAAGCCUGUCCAAACCAGCAAGACACUGGCAUCUUCCUCCUCCUCCUCCUCCUCUUCCUCUUCAGGGGCAGAAACGCCCAAGCAGGCCUUCUUCCACCUUUACCACCCACUGGGGUCACAGCAUCCUUUCUCUGCUGGAGGGGUUGGGCGAAGCCACAAACCCACCCCUGCCCCUUCCCCAGCCUUGCCGGGCAGCACAGAUCAGCUGAUUGCUUCGCCUCAUCUGGCAUUCCCAAGCACCACGGGACUACUGGCAGCACAGUGUCUUGGGGCAGCCCGAGGCCUUGAGGCCACUGCCUCCCCAGGGCUCCUGAAGCCAAAGAAUGGAAGUGGUGAGCUGAGCUACGGAGAAGCGAUGGGUCCCUUGGAGAAGCCCGGUGGAAGGCACAAAUGCCGCUUCUGUGCCAAAGUAUUUGGCAGUGACAGUGCCCUGCAGAUCCACCUCCGUUCCCACACGGGUGAGAGGCCCUAUAAGUGCAAUGUCUGUGGAAACCGCUUUACCACCCGUGGCAACCUCAAAGUGCAUUUCCACCGGCAUCGUGAGAAGUACCCACAUGUGCAGAUGAACCCACACCCAGUACCAGAGCACCUAGACUACGUCAUUACCAGCAGUGGCUUGCCGUAUGGUAUGUCCGUGCCACCAGAGAAGGCCGAGGAGGAGGCAGCCACUCCAGGUGGAGGGGUUGAGCGCAAGCCUCUGGUGGCCUCCACCACAGCACUCAGUGCCACAGAGAGCCUGACUCUGCUCUCCACCAGUGCAGGCACAGCCACGGCUCCAGGACUCCCUGCUUUCAAUAAGUUUGUGCUCAUGAAAGCAGUGGAACCCAAGAAUAAAGCUGAUGAAAACACCCCCCCAGGGAGUGAGGGCUCAGCCAUCAGUGGAGUGGCAGAAAGUAGCACAGCAACUCGCAUGCAGCUAAGUAAGUUGGUGACUUCACUACCAAGCUGGGCACUGCUUACCAACCACUUUAAGUCCACUGGCAGCUUCCCCUUCCCCUAUGUGCUAGAGCCCUUGGGGACCUCACCCUCUGAGACAUCAAAGCUGCAGCAACUGGUAGAAAAGAUUGACCGGCAAGGAGCUGUGGCAGUGACCUCAACUGCCUCAGGAGCCCCCACCACCUCUGCCCCUGCACCUUCAUCCUCAGCCUCUUCUGGACCUAACCAGUGUGUCAUCUGUCUCCGGGUGCUUAGCUGUCCUCGGGCCCUACGCCUUCAUUAUGGCCAACAUGGAGGUGAGAGGCCCUUCAAAUGCAAAGUGUGUGGCAGAGCCUUCUCCACCAGGGGUAAUCUGCGUGCACAUUUCGUGGGCCACAAGGCCAGUCCAGCUGCCCGGGCACAGAACUCCUGCCCCAUCUGCCAGAAGAAGUUCACCAAUGCUGUCACUCUGCAGCAGCAUGUCCGGAUGCACCUGGGGGGCCAGAUCCCCAAUGGUGGUACUGCACUCCCUGAAGGUGGAGGAGCUGCUCAGGAGAAUGGCUCUGAGCAAUCUACAGUCUCCGGGGCAGGGAGUUUCUCCCAGCAGCAGUCCCAGCAGCCAUCACCGGAAGAGGAGUUGUCUGAGGAGGAGGAAGAGGAGGAUGAGGAAGAAGAGGAAGAUGUGACUGAUGAAGAUUCCCUGGCAGGGAGAGGCUCAGAGAGUGGAGGUGAGAAGGCAAUAUCAGUGAGAGGUGAUUCAGAAGAGGCAUCUGGGGCAGAGGAGGAGGUGGGGACAGUGGCGGCAGCAGCCACAGCUGGGAAGGAGAUGGACGGUAAUGAGAAAGCUACUCAACAGUCUUCUUUGCCACCACCACCACCACCUGACAGCCUGGAUCAGCCUCAGCCAAUGGAGCAGGGAAGCAGUGAUGUUUUAGGAGGCAAGGAAGAGGGGGGCAAACCGGAGAGAAGCUCAAGCCCAGCAUCAGCACUCACCCCAGAAGGGGAAGGUACCAGCGUGACCUUGGUAGAGGAGCUGAGCCUGCAGGAGGCAAUGAGAAAGGAGCCAGGAGACAGCAGCAGCAGAAAGGCCUGCGAAGUGUGUGGCCAGGCCUUUCCCUCCCAGGCGGCUCUGGAGGAGCAUCAGAAGACCCACCCCAGGGAGGGGCCGCUCUUCACUUGUGUUUUCUGCAGGCAGGGCUUUCUUGAGCGGGCUACCCUCAAGAAGCAUAUGCUACUGGCACACCACCAGAACCAGUAUGUGGCAUUCCUGUCAAGUGGCCUGCCCAUGAAGCCCUGGAAUUCCAGCUCCACCUCCACUACCACUCCAAGCCUGGCCCCACCAGUGCUGUUUGGCCUAGGAACUGUGGCUGGGAAGGUGCCUCCAACAAUGGGAUCCAGGGAAGCCAAGGAGAAGACAGCCCCCCUCCUAUUUCAGCCUCCUGUACCCAAGGCAGUGCCUGAGAAGCCCAUCAUAGACAAGAAGUAGCAAACUCUACAUUCCUUCUCCCUCCCCCGCUCCAGAAGGUGCCGGUACUGAAGAUGCUCCAGUAAUUGGUGACCCAACCCUAGGAAGUAGGGAGAAAUGAAGGAAGGGCAUAGGAAAAUUUUCCCAGUAAAUCCCCUGAUGGUCACAUUAAGGUAAAGGUGUUGGCUAGUCAGUGUGCCAAGACCUCUCCAGCUUCUCAUUCAUGAUGACCUCUCAAAGUUGGGAAACAAGCUGAUUUCUUGCCAAGAGGUCUCCCAGGAGAUAUUUGGGAAAUGGGAAGUUCGUAUCUUUAAGGAGCAUUGUUGGUCAGCAUGGUCGAUGAACUAAUGAUGAGAGAGUUAAGGAAUGUUGCUAGAACAUAGGGCUUGCUGGUACCUAUGUGACUAAGAAAGGGACAUGAUAUAAGGGAAAAGGCCUCAAAUUCUUGUGAACGUGGACAUUCUCGUUAAUAUUCUUUUGGGCUAAUAGUGACAUAGUGUGCAGAGGUGUACCAGGGAUCAUGGGGGAUUUCCUAGCACUAGUAUGCUUCUAGUUUUAGAUAACUCCCUCCUUUAUUCCCCGGCCCCUUGUAUUUUCCUUAUCUUCCUCUUUCAAGACCCCUAUCCUCCCCAUUUUGCCUAACCAUAGGCUGGGACUUGUGUCUUUGUCAUUGUCUGGUUCUUAAGAGUCCCAGACUUUGGGAGACCAGCUCCAGGUGGCGCCCUCCCUGCCUCUCCGUCUUGUACUGAGAUGUAGUAUUUACUCUUAACAUAGGAUCAUUUGGAGCAGGAGUUCUGAGGAGGAGAGAGUGAGGGUUUUGCUAUUGACUGACUUGAACGAUGGCUUCUUCUCAAGCUGUAGGCUCCAGAGCUUCCUAAGCUAGUAAAACGUCAAGAACAGACAGGGGAGAUAUUAGUGUCUUUCCCUCUAUCAUUAAAGGUGUUUUAACCAAA